CCGAUGAGGGAAGGGAACGGGAUGGCGCAGCGGCAAUCGCCUUGUCCGAGUGUGGCGGGGCGUCGCCCUAUUGGCCAGUAGGAGGGCGGGGCCAGCGCCUGCGGCUGCCGGAAGGAAGGGUCACGUGGGCGGAAGCGGCGUAGAUGGCAGGGGCUGCGCAGGACGCGAUGGCGGUGAUGGUGGCGGCGGUGGAGAUGCGGCCUUGGCGGCGGCUGCUGCCCACGGCGCUGUGGGCGCGGCCGCGCCGCUGGCAGCACGAACGGGAGCCCGUCCGGUCCGACCAGCCAAUACAAAUGGAGAACCCCUAUAAAGAGCCUCCGAAAAGGUGUGUUUUAUGUGGAAUAAAUGUGGACUACAAGAAUGUGCAGCUUCUGUCCCAGUUUGUUUCUCCGCAUACUGGUUGCAUUUAUGGCAGGCACAUAACAGGCUUGUGCAACAAGAAGCAGAAGGAAGUUACAAAAGCCAUUAAAAGAGCUCAUAUAUUUGGAUUUAUGCCGGUUAUGUAUAAGAACCCAUCGUUUCUCACAGACCCCAAGAUAUGCAAUGUCAAGUAUCCAGAGUAAUAUACUGUGAAGAAAUAAACAAUAAAACUAUUGUGUUUA